CCGUUACAUGUCUCUCCCGGUGAAGGGGAGCGAGGGAGAGGCAGGAAGGAGGAGGGGGCGGCCGCUUCGGGCGGAGGACACCCACGCGCGGCCGGGCGAGAAGGCGGCGGCGGCGGUGGCGGCGGCUGCUCGGCGGGGCCGGGGGAGGAGCGGGGCGCCCCCGAGGGCCGAGCCGAGCCCCCGGGCGCUGCGCCGCGGGCCGGCCGCGCCGCCCUCCGUGGGGCGUGAGGCGGAGCCGGCGGCCGUUGGCGCUGCCCGGGGAGCCGCCGCGGGACGGGCGCCGAGCCGCCGCCGGUGGAGCGCAACUGACCUUGUCAGCAGAGUUGACACCUAUGCCCGGAGUAGCAGCUUACGCUAAGCCCACUGCAUAAGCAGACUUCUCUGUCUAUCGUCAUCUGCAGAAAUCUGAGCAAGAUCCCAACUCCCCUGCUCUGCGCAACAUCUUUUUUCUCAAAACAUUUGUGUGCUGGAGCAGACCUGCAACGGUCCUGCCAAGUUUCUCUCCUGUGAUGAUGUGAUCUCCACGUAUGUGCCCCCUCCAGCUGUGCAAGAGGGAGACCCAAGGCUAACCUGUCGGUGGGGAGUGUACCCUGAACGAGAAGAGACUCUUGUCCCUGGCUCCUCUGGUUGUCAGGUCAUCUUGGGCAGCAGCUCCUGGUGCCAGCAACAGCUGCUGCUGAGAGAAGUCUGCUGCGUUCUCUCUGGUAUAGUUGCAAGUAUGACUUGACCGAUUUGCAUUCAUGGCUCUUGGAUGAUCUGGUGAACCAUGGAGCUCAAAGUAUGGGUGGAUGGAGUCCAGAGAAUUGUGUGUGGGGUCACCGAAGUCACGACGUGCCAGGAAGUUGUAAUAGCCCUUGCUCAGGCUAUUGGUCGUACCGGGAGGUACACGCUGAUCGAGAAAUGGCGCGACACCGAGAGGCACCUGGCGCCGCACGAAAACCCCAUCGUGUCGCUGAACAAGUGGGGACAGUACGCGAGCGACGUGCAGCUGAUCCUGCGCCGCACCGGGCCCUCUCUGAGCGAGCGGCCGACUUCGGAUAGCGUGGCGCGCAUCCCGGAGAGGACUCUGUACCGGCAAAGCUUACCCCCCCUGGCCAAGCUGAGGCCUCCCGGCGACAAAUCCAUGAAGAGGAGGGAGCCGAAAAGGAAAUCCCUCACCUUCACCGGGGGGGCCAAAGGGUUAAUGGACAUCUUUGGGAAAAGCAAGGAAUCCGAGUUCAAGCAAAAGGUGCUCAACAACUGUAAAACAACGGCGGAUGAGUUGAAGAAAUUGAUCCACCUCCAGACGGAGAAGCUUCAGUGCAUCGAGAAACAGCUGGAGUCCAACGAAGCCGAGAUCCGCUACUGGGAACAAAAGUAUAACUCCAGCCUGGAAGAAGAAAUCCUCAAGCUAGAGCAGAAGAUCAAAAGGAACGAAGUGGAGAUUGAAGAGGAAGAGUUCUGGGAAAACGAGCUGCAGAUCGAGCAGGAGAACGAAAAACAGCUGAAGGAGCAGCUGCAGGAGAUGAGGCAGAGGAUCCUGGAGUGCGAGAGCAAGCUGAAGGACUACAUGUCUCAGAUCCACAAUAUGGAGAGCGGCCUCGAAGCAGAGAAGUUGCAGCGGGAAGUUCAAGAGUCCCAAGUGAACGAAGAAGAGGUUAAGGAGAAGAUCGAGAAGGUGAAGGGUGAAAUUGAUAUUCAGGGUCAGCAGAGUCUGAGAUUGGAAAAUGGCAUUAAAGCUGUAGAACGGUCUUUGGGCCAAGCUACCAAACGGUUACAGGACAGGGAACAAGAACUGGAGCAACUGACAAAGGAGCUGCGACAGGUCAAUCUCCAACAGUUCAUCCAGCAAACGGGAACGAAGGUCACGGUGCUGCCAGCAGACCCCGUCGAGGUGGAGGCCCCACAUGUGGAGCUUGAGAGAGAGCCAACAUUUCAGUCUGGGUCACUGAAGCGCCCUGGCUCAUCGAGGCAACUCCCCAGUAACCUUCGCAUUCUACAGAAUCCCCUGUCGUCUGGUUUUAACCCGGAGGGCAUUUACGUAUGACAGUACAUACCUCUUCUGGAGAGGACCUAGCAAGGUACCCUGGACAAGAUACACUUUUGUUUUACUCUGCCAAUGAUGAAUGGAAGAAGAUUGUUGUUGUCGUUGUUAAGCCACCGUAUGUUUUUUUCUUCUUCUUCCUCCAACACACCACUCGGAGCCAUACCCUGUGCACUGAUGCUAAAGAGACAGAGGAACCGUCUCGAUCCAUAAUUGGCAAGGAUGAACUUGCUGUCAACACAGCUAGAGUGCAAAAACCUUCAUUUCUUUUUGCCACUUCAGAAGUGUUUGGGAAAGUAUUGUUCCUUGUACAGGCAUAGAUAAAAGACUGAGGGUGAAGGAAACCAUGUAUGCAACUGAUCUGUUUAAUUUAUUCCCUUUAAUCAACGGACGUGUGAAUGUUGACCUUUUAUAUUUUUAUUUUUAACUCGUGAAUAAUCACGUAUGGCUGUAUGUCAGUCUGACAAGGUGACUUUAAUUUGCGUGUACAAACAUCCACCAUUUGACCAAGUACAACAACUUGCAAUGCAGAGUUCUGUGGAGUGCUGAACCAUUACGAUGGUUUCUCACCGCUGACUUUUAAUUUCUGUUGUGGGUCAUAAUAUGUCAUCUUCCAUCCAUUGCUACCUUUUAAGGCUUGAAAAGUGAGCUUGUGGGAUUUACUUGCUGUUGAAUCUGCCUUGAAUGAAGCACCUAGUGUUCAAAAGAUUUAUGGAAUUUAAAACUUGGCUUGGUAAAAAUAUUUCCAGCAUAUGAUUGAGGAUGCACUAGUUAGAUGAUAUUUUAUUAUAUAGAAUGUAUAUUUGAAAUAUUUUGCCACAUUGUAUAUGCCUUUUGAGAAAAGAACAAUGUAAGAAGUUGUCUUCAUAUAUCUUACCAAAAGAGAGUAGGAGGCUUUCACUGUGUGUGAUUUUGUACUUUAUUUUUUUCCACUAGCCAUUACAGUGUUCUCAUUUUGCGAUAAAUCUUGCCGUUGGAGGAGAAAAAAAAUACAAGACAAAUGAGCAUCCUCUUCCAGCCUUCCAAAAUUCACUCAAAUUUUGUGGAGGGAAGAAACCUGGCAGAGAGUCCCAUGAAGUCAAUAGCAGAGCUUCUACUGACUUGAGUGGAGCCAGAAUUUCAUUCCACGUCCCCACUGUUAAAUGGUAGACGUUUAGCCUCUUCGAAAGUUGUGUUGCUGCUCAGUCACUUACAGAAUAUAAAACUUAUAAACAGGAAAUUCACAUACUUGGUAGUAGGUUUUUUUAUAAAAAAUGUGAAAAGAGAACAUAUCGUAUCUUGACGUCACUCUAAUGCGAUCAAAGCUAAGCAAGCAUGGCUUGCGUGGAGAUGGCUUCUGUGCAGAAAGACACUACCAAGCAGCGUGUUGGUUACAGGCCUUGAAAUUAGAUCACUGAGGUGGACACCAAGUUUGUAGAGAGAGUGACUGGCAUCAGUGGGACACUUUGUAUACAUUAGGAGGCUGGCCUCAUGGAUGAGUUAGAGAAGGGAUGGGCCUUACCUAGUUGGGUUUGGAUUUCCUGUUCUAACAGCAACUCAUACCAUCGUCCCCACCUUCGAGAUCCCCGUGACAUGAGAGGGGGUCACCAUGCUUUCACUGCGGUAUUGAAUGCCUAGACUUCAGUCAGUGGCAAAAUGACAGAACACCUGAUGUCUUCGGUAGGGUCAGGAUUUUACCACUGGUAGGAAGCUCCACGCUUUUGGCCAUAGAAAUUACUUAAGAAUUCUUAACUCCUAGCAUCCUCUUGUGUUGAUUUACCGAUGUGCAGAUAAAUGUUAAUUUAAGUUUCCUUUUUCAAAAAAGGACCUCCCUAGUCAUACUGACAAAUGGAAGUUUUAUAAGAUAUAGUAGAAGAUGAAGGACUCCUGAGUGUUUAAUGCAUUUUUUCCCUUUCCACUUAUUAAUGGCAUCAUAUAUUCUAAAAAUGCUGCUGUAUUUAGACUAACAGCAACAGAUAAGGCUGUGAAUAUAUAGAGAACCUUUCCAAAUGGACUCUGUAUUUUUACUGUUUAACUUAUCAGGUCCUUCUCCCCCCCCCCCCCGCCCCCGCCUUGUGAGCAAACUGGAAAAUGAGGUGUUCCUACCUGAGGAAUCUUUGCAGUGCUCACAGAUUUUACUGUUAGUUUAUCAUAACUCUGUGCUCAUGUUUACUGUGCCCAUAACUUUGUAUUUAAAAAAAAAAAAAAAAGCUGUGCAUAUAUAUAUAUAUAUAAAAAAAAAAAUGUGUAAAAUAUACAUAGUUUGGGGACAAUAUCUGUCCAAGGUACUUGAGCAUAAAUGCCUUACAUUCUGGGUUCAAUUUACCGAAAUGAAACAGCCCUCUCCAGCGGAUAUCUUGCAUCUUCAGCACCUCUUGAUGUUAGAGAACUGAGGCACUCAGCACCUUGCAAAGUCUGGCCCAAAUUAUGCUGCAUGGGGGUGGGGAGAAACACAAGGAAAAGCCUGUUGCAAUUUCAGUCUUGGACUGAGAUGAAGUAUUUUUAAGGCAGAUCAGUGUAUUUACCCAAUGUUUUUGUCCCACUUUGUGACUGGUCCAUCUCCCACAGAUAUGUCAGUUUGAGCUGAAUUGAGCCCUUGUAUCAUAAAAACUGCUCUCUUUCUCUACCAGGUUAUUCUUUAAGAUGGAGGGAGGAGGAAAAGGAUUAAAAGGAAAGGGAAGAGCAGCUUUGGAGGGCUUGAGUUACGGUUUUGUAAAAGAAUCAAGGAAGGAAUUUGCCAUUUAAGUUAAAAAAUAGCGUCUGCUGAUUGCAGCAGCUGUUUGACAGAAGGGCCAGCCUGGAGCUGGCUCAGGAGCUGCCACUGCAUCAUCAUCGAGUGGACCCUCCUCGUCAGGGCUUUAGCAUAUGUCAAGGUGAUCUGAAAAACGUUUACAGCUUCAGCCACUGUUGUGGCAAAGGAGAGGCUUUGGUAUCCUAACCUGUCGUUUGUGAGACACUGACAAAUUCCCCUGCUCCUCUCGCUUACUGAAUUUCACCCAGGUUAAAGUUCUGUAGCAUUUUUACCCUCUCUGUAAAUAAACCAAAAAGAAAUGGCA